UGUCCUAACUGAUGAAAUACCUAACACAUUUUCCCUCUCUUCCAACCGUAUUGGCCUUAAAUAUUCAUCCUUUUCCUGUUUGUACCUUCUGUUCUGCCUCCAGCAUCAACAACAGCCUCGAACACUUGUAUUGCAAUCCACCUACCAACCUUGGGUCGCUUCACAUUUCUCCCUGGGAAUGAAUUGAACCCUUAUUUCUUGUUUCUCAAUUUUCUUGCUGGAAAAAAAGAGGGAGGGAGGAACGAACAAAUGCUCAACAACUGCUGGAAGAUCUGAGACUCUCAAGAUCUUCUUUCUUGUUUCUUUAUUACAAACAAAUAUUGGGUUUUCAAUCUUCAAUAAUGAUGGGGUGGAGAUACAAAGCUGGUCUCUUCCUUAUUGCUGCGGUUGUUAUCAUUUGGGUCACCUCUGCUGAAGUCACCCAGGACAUUUUCACGGACUACAAGCAACCGUUUGCAGUGACAUAUCUUGGAGCUUCUUUACUCGUAAUUUAUCUCCCGGUAGCAUUUCUUAAGGAUUCGAUACGCAGUUGUCUUGAGAGACAGCCUAACAAAAGUAAUAAAAGCACUGGAAACAACGAUGAAUCAUGCAUUGGCUUUAGCCCUACAAAAGUCUUUGAGAUUGAAAUUCAAGCCUUGAAUAGAAAAGACAGUGAUGCAAAUAUUAUAGGUGAGGAAGGACUGCCAUUGAUUAGAAAUGGCACGGGUGAUGCUAAUCAGAUUAAUCAGAAUAAACAGGUUUCAACCAGAGAAAUCGCUCAAUAUGGAUUUUUUAUUGCCCCUAUCUGGUUUGUUACAGAGUACUUUUCAAAUGCUGCACUUUCCUAUACCAGUGUGGCAAGUACAACUGUCUUAUCUGCUACUUCGGGAUUAUUCACUCUUCUUUUUGGUGUACUUUUGGGACAAGACACCGUAAAUGUGACUAAGGUAGUUGCGGUGUUAGUUAGCUUCGCUGGUGUUAUUAUGACCACUUUAGGGAAAACUUGGGCAGCUGAUGAACCUGAGUUAAAUUCUUCGUUAGAUGGGGAGCGCUCUCUUAUUGGGGAUUGUUUUGGCCUUUUAUCUGCAACAACAUAUGGGCUGUUUACAGUACUUCUUAAAAAGUUUGCCGGUGAAGAAGGAGAAAGGGUUGAUAUGCAAAAGUUGUUUGGGUACAUGGGAUUAUUUUCCCUCGUGGCUAUGUGGUGGCUUGUAUGGCCAUUGACAGCCGUGGGCAUCGAACCCAAGUUUACGAUUCCUCAUUCUGCUAAAACUGAUGAAAUUGUCCUCGCCAAUGGACUUGUUGGAAGUGUUAUCUCUGACUACUUUUGGGCGUUAUGCGUCGUUUGGACAACUCCAGUGGUAGCCACCUUGGGGAUGUCUCUUACAAUUCCACUCGCAAUGGUAGCUGACAUGGUAAUUCAUGGGCGCCAUUAUUCCACGGUUUAUAUUCUCGGUUCUGUCCAGGUAUUUGUUGGGUUUGUAAUAGCUAACGUUUCAGAACGAAUCACAAAAAUUUUGUGAUUAUAACAUUCUUGAUGCAAAGUUCCUGAUUUUUUGAAGAGGAUACAACAAAACAGUUUCAAGUAUUCACUCACAGAAGUUAUAUAAGUUUCUUUUGCUUAAUUGUAUUUAGUUUGAGUAGAGCUAAGCUAAGAUUGUUCCUAGAACCAUGGCUUAAGGUAACCUUGUCCUAAAAUGCCAAAAAAGUGUCUAUACACACCUUUUUUUUUUCUUUCCUAAUGAUAUGAUAAUCUGGAAAUAUGUAAAUAGAAAGUUGAAAUUCUGUUUGUAUGUAUAGCACUGAAGUUCCUUUUUAUACUAGUCGUUUUACACUA